AUUAUCGCCCAUUUUAUUUAUGACGUUUGUGAUGUUGAGAACUUCAGAGGUUCCCUGAAAGCAGCAGGGCAAACCAAGAUGGUGAAAUUUGGACUUCAGUUCAAAGCUACACUAGAGAAUGUCACAAAUGUGAGACCAGUGGGCGAAGACUUUCGCUGGUUUCUAAAGCUCAAAUGUGGAAACUGUGGAGAGAUUCCAGAUAAAUGGCAGUAUAUUAACCUAGCGGAGAGCACACCGCUAAAAGGAGGAAGGGGAAGCGCCAGCAUGGUGCAGAAGUGUAAACUUUGUUCCAGGGAGAAUUCUAUCGAUAUCCUAGAAGACACGAUUACACCAUAUAACGCUGAAGAUAGUGAAAAGUUCAAGACGAUGGUGCAGUUUGAAUGCCGGGGUCUGGAGCCUGUUGAUUUCCAGCCACAGGCUGGCUUUGCUGCACAGGGAGCAGAGUCUGGAACGGCGUUUCCUGAAGUGAACCUACUCGAAAAAGAUUGGACAGAGUAUGACGAGAAAGUCAAGGAAUCAGUGGGGAUAUAUGAGGUCACGCACAAGUUCAUCAAAUGCUGAUUUUAUAUGAUAUGGAUUAGUUGACUCUAUGGACUGAAGGAUGGAUUCUGAAGUUUGUCACCAAACCUGGAAUAAAAUUUAGAGGACUCCCCGUGUACGUGGCGAUGACAAAGAGUUGAUGACAUAAUGGUUUAAACCCAAACCUAAUUUAGUUGUUUGUCACACUGAGAUGAGGAUGAAAAUUGAUCAAUCUUUUUCCAUUUUUUAUCAAAAAAAUUCAGUAUUUACACUAGUAAGUGGGCAUAUAACGUACCAUAGGAAAAAGGCUUUUGUUCCUCCUUUUGAUUAGUGUGACAGGCAUAAACGUUCAUGAACAUAGAAAUAAAACCAUUGCUCAGUUAUUUCAAAUUGCCUCAAUAAAAGUUGAGAUGAUACAAAUC